CUUGUCGGCACGCCCAUGUCACGUGAUAGUAUACGCUUCACAUUCACACACGUGCUACCACAAUCCAUUCCAGACUGUGUGGUUGUGCGGAGGUGAAUAUGGCCGAUGUGUCGGAAAGGACGUUACAAGUGGCUAUUCUAGUUUCGUUUGCUGCUGGUUUUGUAGCUGGAUGGCAGGCAAACAGAAUGCGAAGAAGAUUCUUGGAUUGGCGAAAAAAGCGGUUGCAGGACAAACUCGCAGAAACACAGAAAAAGCUGGACCUGUCAUGACAGAUACAGUUUAAAUUGUCUAGAAAAGACAACAAGGCCAUCUGAAGUGACAUCAGAUUUGACUUCACAACCGGAAUAAGGGAUCUGCCUUAAAUAACAGCAUUUCUUCAGAAUUUACCAGGAUUCAGGCUUUCAACCUUGGAUCAAAGACACUCCACUGGCUAGAGAAAUAGCAAUGCAAAGAAUGUCAGACAACGACAUUGAGAAUUUUUUUUGUAUUUGUAGGUUUUCCUUUCUGUAAUAUUUGUUCAAUCCAAAUUCAUGUUGUUUCCAUGUAUGUGCUGUUUUAUUUGCCUGUGGGAGUUGAAAUAAAAGAAAGUAUUUUAUU